ACCUACCUACCUACCUACCUACCUACCUACCUACCUACCUACCUACCUACCUGUGUCUAUCUGCCUGCGGAGUGCCAACGGAGAGUUGCAGGGAUGCUUCUUACCACGAGUGUGUUCCAGCUCGCGCUCUUCUGCCUUCUUAUAAGUAACUGUCAAGCUGCCAAGAACAGCGCCACGGAAAAGUUAAACGCUCAGUUGAUCAGUACGGUCCAGGAUACACCGAGUAGUAAUGUAUCAAUGAAUCAAGCACGCAACGGAGGAAGGCGUUUGACCAGCGCUGCGCGAAAAGAGCAGGGUCAGGCACAGAGCCAGGUGGGCUGCAGAGAGCUGCGUUCCACCAAGUACAUCUCAGAUGGUCAGUGCACCAGCCUGAACCCGGUCAAGGAGCUGGUUUGUGCUGGGGAGUGUCUUCCGUCCCACCUACUGCCCAACUGGAUCGGCUCCGGUCCCGGGUACACCGGAAAGUUCUGGAGCCGCAGGGAGGGCCAGGAGUGGCGCUGCGUCAUCGACCGGACACGGACCCAGCGCAUCAGCCUGCAGUGUCAGGACGGAAGGUCCAGGACCUAUAAGAUCACCGUGGUUACCUCCUGCAAGUGUAAACGCUACUCCAGGCAGAACAAUGACUCUGGGAAUGGGAAGUCAGAGCUGGAGGUCAGGCAGGCCCAGGGCCAGGGCUCCACACUCCAGGGGCCCAAGAGGAGGACGGGAAAGGAAGGGAAGAAUGGACGUUCUGGGCAGGAGGACUGGGCAGAAGAACAGCCUAAAAAAUACUGAACUGAGCCCGCUGGUCAGGGGGGCUCUGUACACCUCUGAGGGGUUGGAAGGUCUCUCUGUGCCCCCACUUCAGAAACAACACCAACAGACACUAGUUUUGUUUAGAAGGCAACAAUGUAUUUGCUGUAUUUAAUGCAGCUAUAUUGAGAAGGCUAUGGAAUGAUUCCUCAGACAGUGCAACUGGUUUGCCAAAUAUUGACCACUGUGGAUGUGUUUGUGUAUGUAUGCGUUUUUGUAUGAUAGAAUGAGACUAGUUCAAAUCGCACAAGAACCGCAUUUGACAGCUAAGAUGAGGAGUUCUCUCAACAGAUGAAUAUGUUGUCCACAUCAUAAUGUUUAGAUUAACAGAAAAAGUCAGAGUAUGUAUAUAAAUAGUGAUUCUAUAAAUAUAAAUAAGUUCAUGUUUUUAUAUAUUUGCUAGAUUCUAUGUAAUCACUUUCAGGACAAAUUGUGUCUCAAAUGAUUUGCCUUGGAUAAUGAAAUACAUCGUGUCUACUAUGAUUAGAUCACUGAUUGAAUAUAUAGAAUGACUUUUCUUUAAUAAUUAGUAUAAUAUGUUUUUGACUUGUCAAUAAAUUGUGCUUUAAUCAUUAGUAAUUAAAUGCUUUGAGCACAAGGCCACAGCUAUAACUUCACAGGAAACAGGACGUCAGUAACAACAGAUGUAUUAGCCAGUAAUAAAAUGUUAUAUUGAGUCUAAUACAAGCUCUACUCUCUGCCGGAUUCCCUCUCUUCCAGGCUAUUGGGUCUGUUCCAGUCAGCGGCUACAUGUUAACAUAAUACCAAAAUGAGCUGUCAUUAAAAUUGUGGUGCAAGUACCAUGGGGAAGUUAUGCUUUCCUCAAAGAGCAUUGGGAACGCUUGAUAUUUGUAGUUUGGGGAUGACAGCUCAUUUUGGUAUUAGGACAGAGUGGUUCUAAACCUGACAGUACCAGAGUUGUACAGAGUGGUGCGUUCCAUGAGGGAGACGCAUAGGGAAAUCAUGUCUGUGAAUCUCAGAACGGAGCUUGCGUCAUUGACACAAUAAUACAAGGCUUGUAAAACUUCCUCUCUGUAAUUAUCCCUGAUUACAUAUUCUCCUCCUGAGUAGCAGUGAUGCUGUAAGACCACCUAGCUUUAUUUAUUACCGUAACUACCACAAACACGCUGUAAGAAACGCCCUUACAAGAAACAGAAAGUGAUCCACAGGUCAUGGGCCACGUUUCAACUCGUGUUUGCAAAGUCAAUCUGCAAUCACCUCUCUCUCUCUCUCUCUCUCUCUCUCUCUCUCUCUCUCGCUCUCUCUCUCUCUCUCUCUCUCUCUCUCUCUCUCUCUAUCCCCAUCUGUCUCUCUCUCAUAUACUUUCUUGACAUGGAAAGUAAAACACGUACAUUGUCAAAGUAAACAUAUAACAACCAUGGUCAAAGACAGGAAUAUACUAGACUGUUAGUAAUAAUAGGCAAAUAUGAAUAAUCACACUGUAUUUGUCUCUAGCUGUCCCUCAGGUUUUGUCAGGAGGCCGCAAAUGUGGCUGCCAAAACACAGCAUUUAGUUUUUUCACCAAGUAUGUAUUUAAGAUUAUGAUUAUAUUAUGAGUCUGUACAUACAGUAGUCAGUAUCAGUCAAAGUAGUCAGAUAGCCUGUCACCUUGUACUGUCUGUUAAGAGCCAAAUAGCAUUGAAGUUUACUUCGAUUUUGUGUUGUGUCUUUCCAAUUGGUGAUAUAUUUUUAUUUUUGCUUGGGCCAUAUUUUCUGAGUGUUGUCCUGAGGGUUUGUUGGGUUUGUAGUGGUUAGUGAAUUGAGCCUUAGGACCAGCUGUCUGAGGGGAAUCUUCUCUAUGGUUACCUCUUGGCAGUUGAGGGCUUUGUAAUGGUAAGAGUUUUUAAAUUAUUAUAAAACUUAGUGGCUCUUUUUUGGAUAUUAAUCAUGUAUGUCUAAUUCGAUAGAUAUUUUAAUGGCAUAGAAAGCCUCCUUGAUUUGUCUUUCAGUUCAUUCACAGCCAGGUUAGAGUUCCCUGUGGAGCUUAUUUUUUUUGUCCCAAAUAUGUGUAAGUGUUUGUUCUGUGUCAGUGGAGCCCAGUAAAAAUGUAUCUCGGUUUCACUGACAUAGAGAUCGUUUCUGGAAUAAAGUUAGUUUUUUAUUGAUUGGUAGGGCCCAGGUCUAACAGAACUGUUGCAGAUGAUGUCAUUGUUGCUGUAGCCCCUCUUUUUUGGGGGGACAGCAGUACCAGGUCGUCUGCAUACAGGAGGCAUUGUAUUUCUGUGUUGUUAAUAGUGAGCCCGGUAGAUGUUGAUUGUUCUAGUGUUUUUGAAAAUCCAUUCAUGUAUAUAUUAAAUAGACUUGAGCUCACAUUGUUCCCCUGUUUCACUCCACAGCCUUGGGAAAAUAAAUGUGGAUGUUUAUUUCCAAUUUUGACUGCACAUUUGUAUUUGUAUACAUUCAUUUGAUGACAUCAUAUGGUUUUCCAUCUCCACCACUUUCAAUACAUUUGACAAAAAUGCCUUCAUGUCAAAUUGAAUCGAAGGCAUUUUGGAAAUCCAAAAAACAGGAUUUUGUUUUAGUUUUGAUUAAAAAAGGUUUGAUCAAUUAGGGUGUGUAGGGUGUAAAUGUGGUCUGAUGUUUGAUCAUUUGGUAGGAAUCCAAUUUGAAUUUUGCUCAGGACAUUGUCUUUAUUGGCUAAUUCAAGAAUUUGCCGUUUUUCAGAUAUUUAUUUUGGUUCCAAAUUCAUCUUAAUAUUUCUAUAUACACCAGUUCUUUAAAGUGAGUGUUAUAUAGGUCACUUUUUAGGAUUGCCAAUUCAUUCUUCUUUGUGGGGUUUGUUUAGGGAGUUCCAAUUUUCCCAGAAGUUGUUUGAAUCCUCAAUGUCAUUAAAAUGGUGUCUCUUGUGUUGUCCAUUCUUUGUUCCUAGAGUCUGUUUGGAUUCUUUUAGGGUUGCCCAAUACUGAAGGCGCAUAUCCUGGUUGUCUGGUUUUCUAUGUUUUUGGUUGGAUAGAUUCCUACGUUUUCUUGUUAUAGAUUUGCCAUCAUAAGAUAA